AGUUUACAUCCAAUGGCGGCCCCCUAAAUUUUCCAGUUCCCCGAGUUCUCUUCUUCUCUCUUUUGUAUUCUCUCUCUUCUCCUCUUUGGUUUUUAAAUUUGAAAAUUCAAAUCUCCCUUCAUUUUGAAUUUUGAAAAGAUUCAGAUUAAUGGCAAAUCUUCUCUCUUCUUCAGGGUUUAACCUAGUAUUUUUUAUGGGUUUUUGAGAUUCUAGAUCCGCGUCAGCUUAAUACUCCACCUAGACAACAUGAACAUAGAAAGAAAAAGGGAUAGCAAGACCUGCAAGUAGAGUGGAAGAGUUGCCUGGAAAAGCACUUGGAAGAGGUUUUGUUUUCUGCAGGUUUCUUUGAUAGUGGUGUUAACAUCUUCUACCUCAUUUUCAUCAGCCAAGGAAACACGAUUAGUGUUUGAGGGAUUAACAGCAUUAUAAGAGAAAUGACAACUGUAAGUCCUUAUUUUGACGACUUGCGAUGUCAACCUGAGGUCAUUAAUCCUCCACAAAACGAAGACUCCACGGACAUUGGUGAACAUAUGAAUGAGCCUGCUCAACAUACAGCAAAACCUAAUGUGACUGUUUCCAGUAGUGUUCGUGAAUUAUUGGAAUGCCCUGUAUGCUUAAAUGCCAUGUAUCCACCCAUCCAUCAGUGUUCCAACGGUCACACACUGUGUUCUAGUUGCAAACCUAGGGUACAUAAUCGUUGUCCAACAUGUCGGCAUGAACUUGGUAAUAUCCGAUGUCUUGCUUUGGAGAAGGUUGCUGCAUCUCUUGAACUCCCAUGUAAAUAUCAGAGCUUUGGAUGCAUAGGCAUCAUUCCUUACUACAGCAAGCUAAAGCACGAGUCCCAAUGCUCAUUCAGACCCUAUAAUUGUCCCUAUGCUGGGUCAGAGUGCACUGCCAUUGGUGACAUAACUUAUUUAGUUGCCCAUUUAAAAGAUGAUCACAAAGUUGAUAUGCACAUGGGCAGUACUUUCAACCAUCGUUAUGUGAAAUCAAAUCCCCAUGAAGUGGAAAAUGCUACAUGGAUGCUCACAGUUUUCAGUUGCUUUGGUCAGUACUUCUGUUUACACUUUGAAGCAUUUCAACUUGGCUUGGCACCAGUUUAUAUUGCAUUUUUACGGUUCAUGGGUGAUGAUGAAACGGCAAAGAACUUUAGCUACAGUCUUGAAGUAGGAGGCAAUGGAAGAAAGCUGAUUUGGCAAGGGGUACCAAGAAGCAUCAGGGACAGUCACCGUAAGGUUCGAGACAGUUUUGAUGGCCUCAUCAUUCAACGUAAUAUGGCACUCUUCUUUUCUGGUGGAGACCGGAAAGAAUUGAAGCUUAGAAUUACUGGUAGGAUAUGGAAAGAACAAUGAUGUCCAUUGUUGUAGGACACUUGUAGUAGUAGUAGUACUGUUUCAGUCCAAAGGAGUAGAUUUUAUUCAUCUAGCAAUCAGUUGGAAGUCUUCUGAUCAAUGUAUUUUCUUGAACAAGGAGCAACCUCUCUUUGCUUGUCCAUGAUUAAAAUACAUUGGUGAGAAGGCCUAGUCAGUUUAUGGAAUGUGUCUUGAUGUAAGUGGUAUUGCUGUCUAAUGUAUGCCAUAGUAAAGGAUGUGUAUCCAUGUUCUCUUUAUUGAAAUCCAUUGCAGAAUUCCCCGUU